ACGCCCUUAUUUACCCCGCAGGGACAACGCCACUCUCUGGGACAACUUCCACCUCAGCAUCUCCCGGGAUGAACUCUACUCGGCCGACGACCCCACCAUCAGCAGGCUGUUGCAGCAGGUCAGCACGCUGCCCAUCACCCACAUUACUCAGAAAGAGGGCGGGACGCAGCUCAAACUUAUCAUCGAGUUUGCUGACGGUGGACACGCUCUCUUUAAGCCCAUGAGGUUCCCACGCGAACAACAGACACUGAAGAAUCACUUCUAUUUCACCGACUUCGAGCGCCACAAUGCAGAAAUUGCUGCCUUUCAUCUGGACAGGUUACUGGGCUUCAGGCGAGCUGUGCCAAUAGUAGGGAGGAACUUGAACAUGACCCGAGAGCUCUAUGCUUUAGCUCAGGGAGAUCUGCUCAAGACCUUCUUCAUUUCCCCCGAUGGAAACCUCUGCUUCCAUGGCAAGUGCAGUUACUAUUGCGACACUGCACAUGCCAUUUGUGGAAACCCAGAUAUGCUUGAAGGAUCCUUUGCCAUCUUCCUGCCUGGCAAGGAGGCAGCUCCUCGCAAAGUGUGGCGACAUCCCUGGAGAAGGAGUUACCACAAACGCCGAAAGGCCCAGUGGGAAGUCGAUGAUGACUACUGCGAAUUGGUGAAGGAGGUCCACCCGUACAACGAAGGCCGACGGUUGUUGGACAUCAUGGAUAUGUCUAUUUUAGAUUUCUUGAUGGGUAACAUGGACAGACAUCACUAUGAAACUUUCAAGAUGUUUGGAAAUAAUUCAUCACCCAUCCAUCUUGACCAUGGUCGUGGCUUUGGGAAACCUUAUCAUGAUGAAAUAUCCAUUCUUGCUCCGUUGUACCAGUGCUGUCUCAUACGACACUCUACACUUUCAACUUUAUUAAGAUUCCACACUGGGCCACAGCAUCUGAGUGAGGCCAUGAGAGCCUCCAUGAGUGUUGAUCCUAUUAAUCCCAUUCUGUGGGAACCUCACAUGGUAGCCUUGGACCGUAGGCUUAACAUUAUCUUACAAAUUGUGCGCGAGUGUGUGGAGAAAGCCCAGGAUCCAUUACAUGUCAUAAUAAAUGACUUUCACUAAGUCCGUGUUAUAAUUUAUCUAGCACUUGCAAUUUACACAAGUGACAAGUGUGUCAGAACAAGAAUAUUUAUAUUUGUAUGUGCAGAAUCAUUUAAUAACUCAUGGAUAGAAAAGUUCCUGCUUACAGGAAAAAAUCUGUGGUUUUGAUUUGUGUAAAAAGAAAAAAAAAGAUAGAAUGAAUGAAUGUGUCUGUGUGGGAUUCCCUAUAAUAGCCACCUCCUGCUUCAGUGUACAUGAAGAAAUUCAUAUGUUUGCUUUGGGUGGAGGGUGUAGUACUUGGUUUCUGUGGGUUAAUAUAUGAACAAUAUGAGUGUUACUAUUAUUUAGGUUUUAUUGCAGAACCAGAAGCAGGAAUGUGCUUAAAGAUAUAUCUUGCACAGAAUGGUUUUGCAUUAUCAGGGCUGUAGUAAUGAUGCGAUGAUGUAGAGGCUCCUCUCUACAAUAGCAGUCCUAUGUUACACUGGUGCUAAUUAAUGCUUAUGGGGUACAGUUACCUGUUAUACUGGAUGUUGAAACACUUCACAAUGAUUGCUUUAGUGCUGCUGAUAUAAGCAGUUAUUGAAAUGGACAUGAAUUACUGGGAAUGUGUUCGUUCAGUGUACAUUUUAUUGAAGAGUAUGACAUAAACAAAACUCUGGAGACUUUGCAGUUUGCACAGUUUUGUUUUGUAAGAAAGGAAAUCACAUUUCAGAAUACACAACAUACACGGAUGUUUUGUUUAUCCAUUCAUCAGCAUGAAAUAUAUUUAUAUAAUUUUUAUUGUGCUGUCAUGCCUGUAACUUGUAUUGGUAAUGUUUUUGAAUUGCUCAUGACUUACUUUUUAAUGUCAAAAUUAAUUGCCUCUACUGCAAGGGCAUUGUCUUAUAUUCAAGAAGUGUGUUGAUAUUAUACCCUGUUAAAUUACUGAGUACUAUCAUAAUGCUGUUUUUAUAACUUCAUUUUAUGAAAAUUAUUAUUGGUUACUAAUUGUUCAAGAUUUUUUUAGUUAUGGGAUAGUGAUUUUAAAUUGUUAGAUCAACCUUGAUAGAAUAAUAAACAAAGUAAUCAAGUUAUUUUGAUAGAAUAAGGUAGCUUGCCAUUAUCAUAUUAUCACUGUUAUUGAAGAAAACAUCUGGAUGACUGUUAGAGCUUAUUUAAUGAUAUUUGUGUUUUUCUUUGUGGUUUUAUUUAUAUUUUUUACUUUAACUUUUUAUCUUAAAGUGUAUGUAUUUUAGCUAAAUACUGGGGAAAAAAAACUGUGUUUUUCAUUCAUAAAACAGGAAGACAUUAAAGUAAAUAUUUCAUUAAGGUGUUAUACAUCCCAAAAUAUAUGAAUAGUUUUAUGAAUUAUGCUAUAAACAGUUGUUGAUAAAUUCAGACAGCAUACUAAAGAAUUUUAUUGAGCAGCAGUGAUAAGCAUUUGUUGAUGUAUGUUCAAUUCAGAUUUUUAGUAAACUGCAAAUUAUAUUACUUGUAUGGAAUAUAUUGUUUUAAAUAUACAAAAUAUGAAAAAGCUGCACAAUAUUUUAAUAUACAAGUUGAAAAUGUAUAUAGACAGGCAUCAUGCCUUUCUUAAAUUUGGUAAUGAAUGUGCCCAAAUAUACUUUCCUAUCUGAACUCAGAAAGUUUAUUGUGUCUGUCUACAAUAUGUGUGGUGUGUGUGCGUGUGUCGCUCUUGCUCGUGCAG